AUGGCUAUCUACACUGUUUUUCUCUUUGCAGUUUGUUUAUCGGCGACCUCUGCUGUUCAAAAGCCCUGUGGCGUGGGCCAGUGUAAGCUUGUUCUAGUUGGACAAAACCCUCACGUCAAAUUUCAACGGCUGGCUUCAGAAGAGGGCGUAAGGCUUGUCUACUUCAAUUUAGAAAUCGGUAACAAUAGCGUCCAUCCGCUGGAAUCAAGUGAAAGGUUUUUGGCCAAAUGGUGGAUUUGGGCGAAGACAAUACGAGAGCCAAUGCUGCUCAUGACGGACGACGCGCACGAUAUUUAUUCGCUAGGCCUUUUAAGACGUCAAAAAAGGUACAUGACGGUGCAACUCGAGGAACAACCGACUGGAUGUCUAUCUAGUCUGAACGCAUCUUGCCAGGACAAUGUCGUCGGGGAGAUGUUGUUAGGCAACUUCACAAGCUUGAGCCCUGGUAACCGCUUGCCAUCAGAAGAUUGUGUGUGUACAUUUCAUAAGAAACGUUUCUCCAGAGAAGGAUGGGAGACGCUGUGCUGCAGCGCACAGGAAAACACAGACAAAAACGAUACGGUCUAUCGGUGCGGUAAUGCUCCAAAAAAUGGCUGGUUCGUCAAGCUGUUUUACAGCAUAUCUUUCUUCCUUCAAUUAAUUCUUGUACUUUACGGCCCAGCAAUUCCUCUCUUACUACCGGACUGGAUCUUUAACCUUCAGCAUGAAUGUAAUAAAGAAAAGUCAAGCGUCAGGGAGACGGCUGAGAUCCAACAAACGGUGGAAUUAGAGGACGAUACUGACAAUCAAGUGACACCCAUAAACCUACAAGAUAGGACUGUGCUGAGAGACCCUGAAGAAAAUGACGACAGCCAAAAUGAAUUAGACAGCGGGUACAGACAAGUGACACCCAUAAACCAACAAGAUGGGACUGUGCUGAUAGACCCUGAAGAAAAUGACGACAGCCAAAAUGAAUUAGACAGCGGGUACAGACAAGUGACACCCAUAAACCAACAAGAUGGGACUGAGCUGAUAGACCUUGAGGAGAAUGACGACAGCCAAAAUGAAUUGGAUAGCGGAUACGGACAGAACAACAAUCAAGAGAACGAUUCAGUCAGUUUGGAAGAAUUCGACAGUAGAUGCAAAGCUCUUCUUGACGCUGAAAAUGAGUUUGAAUUUAAAAUUCCGGUAGACGACAUGAGUCCAAUAACUAUUUGCGCUCUACUUAGCAAAAUUCCACUUGUUCAAAUUAAUUUCAACAUCAGAUUAUUACUUUUGUUUUUUGUUGUGUUUCCUUUUGUCCUGCACAUCAAGCUUGCAGUGAUCUUCUUUUAUGAGUUAGAGUUUUAUCAAGAGGUCCAUCGAAAAUUUGACUACAACAUCCCAGAAUUAUUAGAACGGAUAAGAUUCUUCGCUGCUCCUCGGUGCAUUGCAGGUGACAGUUGGCAAAAUAUAGUAUGGCAAGUCGAGAAUACCGCACUUAAUGCCACUGUCUGCGUUGUAUUGUUUCUGAUUCUUAUAUGUAUCAGACCAGAGGACUUGCUUUUUCAAAAAAGGGUGGGAAAGGCGGCCAAUACUGGAGUUCACUGUAGCGAUUCAGAGGAUUCAUUAAGUUCUUUAGGUGAAGAAAUCGUUCAGAACUUAAAGAUGCAACCUCAGCAGGUUUGCGCUUUAACCUUUUCCAUGCAUGAGCAGUUCAUGAAUUUACUACAGAAAUGCUUAAUGAAACUAACUUUGAGACACAAAAUAGAAAAAUCAAGGAAAAAACGGGCUCUUCGCUCCUUCUGCGUUAUGUUUUCUAUUUUACCUAGAUUCCUUGUUUUUGCAGCGUUAGGGAUAGCUUUUAUAUUGAUUUUUCUAGUCCAAUUCGGACUUCUACUUUUCUUGUUAACGCCAAGUUUUUCUUUGCUCUUGUUUGUCAUAAGAAAAGGGCAGGACAUUUAUGACUCUGCUAAAAAGAAAAAUCGAUGUAACCUACUAGUCCGGUUAUUAACCGUGGGUGUUUCUAUUCCGGUAACUUGCUUUACGUUUAUGUAUUUCUUAUGGUAUGUUUCUACAACAUCGGUAGCCUGCAUCAUUAAGACUUUCUUGUUCACAAUAAUGGGAGUAGCACUAAACGUCGAGCACUUGACUCCUUAUGUAGUUUUUAUCCUGGUAGUUUUAGGGAAUAUAAAUUUAUGUUAUUUAAACUUACAGAACAGAUACAAAGAAGUCAAAGAUAUGAUCUUAGAGCACUGGAAAGAAGAAACGGCGCUUGCGUUCUGGAUGAUAAGCAACAGAACUGAUGGUACUAUUUCAAAUGGAAUAUGUAUAAAAUGCAGCAGUAAUCACGAUGGUACUAUUCCAAAAGAACUAUUCUGGAAAGUUGUUGGUGGUAACGACGAAUCAGAUGAAAAUCAAAUUCUUCCCUUGGAAACUGAAAUCGUCUUCAUGGUACGAGAUAUGGCUCUAAUCCUAUUAUUUUUAUAUUUAUUUUUUUUGACUGUAUUGAUUUUUGAAACAGUGGAGGACAUAUCAGUAAUAGUAUCGACCUUUCUCGUGUUUAUUAGUGGAGUAAUUCCAACACUUAUCUUUAAAAGAUUCACAACAAAGGAGAAGUUUAGCGGAUAUGAGAAACUUCAGAUAGAAAAGAAAAUUAAGGCCGCAGUCCACAAGUACGUACUCGAGCACAAAAAAGAAAUACUACCUCUUUGCGACGUUCGGGGGGCACCGAUAGCCUGGUCUUAAGUUUAAUUAGAGGUGACUAGUUAACUCCAGGUUGAUUUUUUUUUUCGUUUUAAAGUGUAAAAUAAAGCCAGCAGCAAAACGCUAGAGGAAAGACACAAAGUGGAGCAGGGAGAUCUGUCUAGUACUAACUUGGAACAAGUUUAACGGUGCUCAAUUACUAAAACCAGGUUAUGUUGAUGAAAAUAAAAUGACACCAUUUAUUUUCCUCAUGGUUGCUUCAUAGUGAAAAUUCUUAUCCUGUGUAAGACCCAGUUCAAACGUCGACCUUCUCAUGUACCGAACCUAAUCCCCUCAAUUAAGUACAUGAAAAAUUCAAAAGAUCGAAGUCUGAAUCAAUCAAGUCCGACAUAUCUAAUUUGGAUCGACCCAUUAUAAGUUCGAGUGGCCCACAUGGGAAUCUUUGAUUGUGAAAAAUUUUUAAUGUGUUAAAUCACAUGCAGAGAUUACCUGAAUUUAUUUUGACUGGUUAGCAUCGUAGACUAUUGUUCAUCAUGAAAAUGAAUUUAGUCCGACCAAUUAAGUUCGACGUCUGAAUCAUGCUUCCAACUUACAUCAUUUGGGUCGACUCAAAUAGGUAUUAAGUUCGGUACGUGAAAAGUUCGAUUUUUGAACCAGGCCUAAGAUACAAUGGAGCGCGUCAGGGUACCCAAGAAAGACAGUUUGGGUAAGGAAAAUAAAGCAAAGACGCUCACCAGCUUCUCUUUGAUCUGUAAGUACAAAUCCACUUUCUCUACCUCAUGUUUAUCUUUGAUCCAAAAUAAAACAUCCUGAAGACAAAGGGGAAACUUUUUUAUGUAACUUAGUCAUUACAAUACAAUACAAUACAAAUUUCAUUGUCAACUCCCCACGGGGGCUUUUCAGAGACAAGUAUUAAUACAUGUUAUUAAUAGUACAGGUAAUCAAGAAAAGAAAAAAAAAAAGUAUCACAAAUUAAUUAUCAAUAAACUAUUAAGAAACUAUUUACAUAUAAAUUUAUGACAUUACAUUGAUUGAAAAGGAAGGCUUUCAUUUUACGUUUAAAAAUGAUAAGAGAUUCACUUAAUUUAAAAUGGGGUUUUAAAGCAUUCUACAAUGUUACAGUUCUGUAAUAAAAAGAUCUCUGUCCCGACUUGGUUUUAAAAAGCGGUAUAUUAAGCUGGGAAGAUGAUCUGGACGUCCGACCACUGAUAUUCCCUCUGGAGAUAAAAUUUGAACUGAGGUAGUUUGGUACCUGACCUCUCAUAGAUUUAAAGGCCAAGAUGGCGUCUCUUAGAUACAGGUGGGACUUAACUGGUAUCCAUCUCAGGUCUUUUAGGGCUGGAGAUACGUGAUCAAACUUCCUUGUCCCAGAAACUAUGCGAGCAGCGAAAUUCUGUACUCCUUGUAGUUUGCGUAUAUUGCCGGCAGAAGUAUUCGACCAGACGGACGAGCAGUAAUACAACAUACUAAACAUAAGAGAAUUAAUUAUUGUAACAAAUAUGUCUUUUCUAAAUAUAUGUUUAACUCGGCUAAUUUGCCCUAGGGCAGACAUACAAGAUGAUGCUAUUUUAAUUAUGUGGUCGUCGAAUGAGAGUUUACUAUCAAACACUACACCCAGGUCCUUAACAGAGUCGACGGGUAAAAGUUCUUUACCCAAGAGGGUAAGGCGAAAAUGCUGAAGUUUCGAUAUCAUUUGCCGACUUCCAUAUACAAUCAGUUUAGUCUUGUCCGGUUUCAGGAGUAGCCUAUUAUUAAAACACCAAUUACGUAAUUUAAUAAGAUCAUCGUUCAUCGCGGCCAUAGUCGGUUCACAGUCCUGCACUUGGAAUGACAAGCAAUUUAGUGUCAUCAACGUAGCAGUCCGUGGAACAGUGUUGUGGGAUUGAUUGCAAGUCAUUGGUGUAAGCCGUGAAGAGCAAAGGACCGAGGAUGCUUCUUUGGGGAACACCGUACCUCAUUAGCAGGGGUUCGGAAAGAGCAGUAUUUAUACGCACAGCUUGGUACCUGUUUGACCAGUAGCUCCUGAACCACAGGAUGGCAGAGGGUGACAAGCCAAUAUCUUGUAAUUUUUUAAGCAGAAUAUCAUGGUUGACACUGUCGAAUGCUUUGCUCAUAUCAAGGAGAACUGCAGCUUAUGUUUUCUUUUGGUCAAUUGCGGUGAGAAUGCGAUCAGAAGUGUAGAUCAGUGAAGUUUCGGUGGAAUGCCACUUUUUAUUACCACUUUGAUGGGCGGAGAGACGAUCGUUCUCUACCAAGUAGGGCAUAAGUUGAUUUAAAGCGAUACGCUAACAUAGUUUUGAAAGAACAGGUAAUAAGGAUUCAUUCAUUCACAUCAUCAUGUUGGUCAUUUUGAGGGAAUGCGUGACACUGGGUCGAAUUGCACUAUGGGAAUGUUUUAGGGACGCUGUCGUUUCUUUAAUUGGCUGUCACGUGGUUGGGCAGAAAACUAGGUCCAAAUUCGCACACAAAAUAGUCCCACAAUGCAAUUCGACACACUUAACAAUGGCCAAUAAAAAUAGGGCUUUCCUAAAAACACCGCAACAUCCCUUAGAGUGCAGGCUUAACCUCGUAUUCAAAACGAGUCAAACUCUGAUGUCCCUUUUUCUAUUCAGCAACUUCUCGGUAACUUGCAGAUUAGCGUCACGGCGCAACGCUAGCAUAAACGUUGUUUAAUCCUUGUGAGUUCUGAAGCGUGCUUUUAGAUGUUUUUUAGCUUGCAUUGCAAUAGAGGUAACCCUUAUACACGUAUACACUUUACUGUGAUUAAAAACAGUUGGAUAGUUCAGAUCCUAGCUUCGAAGCAUUUUUUCCGCGAUAUAGAGAGGGGAAGUGUGACGUAACGUUAUCAUAGUAGCAAAAUUUCUGGAUCACAACAAUAGGGGGCUUAAGCAACGACGACGGCGACGGACACGAGAACGGCAAAAGGGCAAUUGGUUUAUAUUUGCAAAACAACAAUUUUGCACGUGCAAUCACGCUUUUUGUAAGUUUCUGCACGACUACGACAUGGCACAGCACCCGCUUUAUGGAGAUGGUGGACACAACAGGAAUAUUUUAUUUUUCGUAACUUAGAUAUGGUCCUCUCGGAUUCAAUCCCUGAAAAUUUUGCCAACAUUUGACAAAUACUGAUGAGGUUUGAAACAGUACGAAUAGGCCUUUUGCAUUAGUUGAUCACGUGAUCAACUUUCUGAAAACGCGAAAUCAGUUCGCUUUUGAAAAACUUUGUUAGCACAAGCUGAAAGAACAUAUUGAAAUUAGGUAACCUGUAAAUUUUCAGCCUUAUAUCUCAAAGUAGCGAUUCCAACGGCCGCUGAAAUUUAGAAGGAUCACGCAUGGAUGGUUUUCCAUACAAAUCUUUGUAAAUUUCUAAAUUUUCAAACUGUCGUGAAAUAUUUCCUUAAUUAAACAUUACUUGGCUCAAAUCUCCUUUUUACACACCAAAAGCAAAAUUUUUUCGUGUUUACAGAAAGUUGAUAACGUGACCAACAAUUGCAAAAGGCCCAUUCGUUUUUUAAGUAACAUUUUAGGUUGUUGUCACCUAGAAAUUUUGCUACCAUGGCAACGUGACGAAACGACUUUUCCUCUCCAUUUAACGACGAAUUUGAUUCGAGGUUCAUUACGACUGCCUUCGUUUGCUGAUUGGUAAGUGAACUGUAGCUGCCUCGUUUCUAGGCGUAUCAAGUGUGGAAAACGGGAAACGCGACUGCACGAGCCAUCAAGGAGUAUCGCGCAAUGGACCAUGGGAACGUUUAGCGUGGACGCAAAGAACGCUGGGAAGGAUGAACGAGAAAAAUGAGACGCCUCGCAGAUUUGGUUCGAUUUCUGUCCCGGAGAAAUCCGAUUUCUGGAUUUGGGCUGUAAACCGUUCCCGUUGCACUAUUUUGAAGAGAAAUAAUGUGGCACAAGCACAAGAAUUGUCUUACCUUUUCGCUUCUACUUUUAAAAAAUUCAUUAAGAAUAUCAAUGGUUUCUUUGGCAUGAAGCCUUCUUCUAAGAACCAAGCUCUCUUGCAAGUUGACAUCCAUGAACGUACAUUUGUGUACCAACGAAAAUGCUAAGAAAUGCCAUUUCUUUCGAAAAAGUGUGAGUCCUUUUCGCAAGAACUGUGUGGACAGGGGAUUUUGUCCUUCAGGACGAGAUGGUGAACUUUCCCUUCGCUAAAAAACACUCUAAAUGAUUUUUUCUUUCCCUCUAGUUUUGCAUAAAUUACUUUCCGCCAUCAGUGAAAUCAUAAUCUGCAUGGCGCGUUUUUCUCUUCGCCUUUCCCAUGAUACCCAGUGCGGAACCAAAAUCCCAGUCGUUCUCGCAUCCGCUAGAACGCGCCUGGGUACGAGACAGGAACUGUAGACUUGAACGUAAGGAGAUCGAUUAAAAAACAGUACAAACAUUAACUACAAGGGACUGCAAAGGACCGCAAAUGAAUAUGCCGAAGAACGUAGGAUCUAUAAAGACCUGAUCAGCAAAAAUAAUAAUGUAGACAUAUUAAAUAUGUCUAAAAAACAGUAUUUACUUUGGCAAAACUUCCAGGAGCGAAUAGGUUAUACAUGUGCAAACUGCUUCCUUCACAGACUUUGGCAAGCGAGAAACGCGAGAAUGAUGGGGUACGAGCGUGGAACACGCGUGCAGAGUGAUGGGAAGGAACAAAAUACGUAUUUGUACCGACAGGUUUUUGACUUUUAUUACCUUAAAAGUCAUUUAAUAAAUUUGAGUGUCAGUCAUUGAAGUGGACACGUUUAGGGUUUAUAACUGACCUUGAUUGUUAUGGAGCAUCGUAAGUUUUGUUGCUAACUCUAAUUUAAAACCCUAAGAUCAAAAUUUGAAUUAUCAUUUGUUGCCCCUAUUCAUUUCCGACAGAAGUAGUGGGGAGAAAUUGAUAAUUUAUAAAGCAAAUUCAUCUUGUGUGAUCAUGUCAGUAAUUCUCAUGACCACUGUUUAACAAAGCAUCGAUAUUACAAGGUCAAAUUUGAUGUUGAUCACUCUUAGGGCUUAAAGGGUUAAGCUGUCUUUGGUUUACUUGACCAGGUUUGAUUAUUCCACUUUGGUGAUCAACAGGAAAUUAGUUUGCCGUAAUCUUCUAUUAAGUCCCCUCUCUCUAAUUAGCCCCUACCCCUUUUUCAGUAGAAGAAAGUUAAUAAAACCCCCUCUCCUUUAAGCCCCCUCCAGUUAUUGUUCACUCAUAAAUGAUAGACUGUACUAUUGAUCAAUCACGACUGUCAGGGGUUCUGUAUAGAGUGUUUUCACUCACGUGGCCAGGAUCUGUGCAAAUUUAUUGGAACAAAAGAAAGCGUUUGCAUAAGAAAAGAGUUCAACUCCCACAGGAUUGGUUUGGGACACCAACAUGGCAGCCGUUUCAUUGUUUUGGAACACCAAUAUGGCCGCCGUGACGUCAUGUGAAAACACUCCAUAACUUCGUGUGGAUUGAUCCAGGAUGGUUUUUUCACCAGCUGGAAGUUUGAACCUGAGCUGCAUGACCUCCAACUUCUUUUACUUGUGCUUUUCCACUCCGCGUUCUAGUCCUUUUUAGAGAACUGACACCACCAUCCUUGGUAAAUUAAAUAAGCCCCUCACUCACCCCGGGCCUGUCUCUAUUAUACCCACCCCACCCUCCCAAAUGUGUUUGAAAUAAAUAAGCCCCCCCCCUCCCCCAAUCCGCUAGGGAGAGAGGAUUUUACGGUCGAUCACUAGGAAGUGCGUUUCUCACUGUCAUGGCCAGCAAGCCGAAACGUACCUACAUUUAAUAUUUAAAAGUUGCCAACAUUUGGCUCAGUUAGUUAUGUUGUGGUUAUACUGUAGAAGUUUGUAGUCAUGAAAGUAAUGUUCGUUAGGAACAUUCCGUCCAGUAAAACAGAUCAACCUUUUCAGAUGUUCCGUUGCACCCGGAAAUUUUCCGCUGGAACGAAUCCAAAAGUCGCGUUCCAUUCACUUCCCGACGGGAUUCUCAAGGAGCUUUUUGUGAAAGGUAAACGACUUUUGGCUUUAAAAUCCGGAAUCCAAGUUCCACUUACAGAAAAUCUGGAAUUCUGCUAAGGCCCGGUUCAGACGCCGAUCUUAAUUCCAGCCGAACUAAAUUCAAAAGGAGAAAAAUGCUCAUUUCGGUCAAAUAACUUACAAAAUACGUUAUUUAACAAUUAAUGAAUGAGGCUGAGUAUCUUUUGAAGAAUUAUGGACAUCGAGGAGGGUGUUAUCCGUCGAGGCCGUAGGCCGAGGCUCUUCAUAUGAUACGAAAGCCGAAUUCAAUAAUUCUUUUAUUAUUCAUUCAAAAUUAUUCCUAGUUUAAAAACAUGGCUAAAACAUGCUUACCUCCAUCGAUCGAUCGAUGUUAAGUUCAUAUUCGACGUUUCGACAACCUGUGCGGUAGUCAGGUUGUCGAAACGUCAGUCACUGUCAACGAAAACAGUCCUAUUCAGGACUACGUUCACCGGGACGAUCAAACUCAACCUACUUUUGAAAUGACUCCUGGGUUCAAACAUUUCACAGUUUUAAUUCAAUGUAUUAGGUUCGGCUCAUAAAAAGUUCGGCGUCUGAACCGUGUUUAACAAUUGAAAUCCGGAAUCCACAGUUUGGAAUCAAGAAUCCAAGACCGUCUUGGAUCAAGAUACAUGGAGAGACUUCAAUAUCAACUUAGUAAAUACAAAUAAUAAACAAAUUUAAUGUCGUUGGUGCUUUGGAGACUUCUUCUACUAGUAUUUACAUUUAGCCCGCUCCCAUAAUCAGCCUGCAUAAUGAACUAUUACCCUUAUAAGUAUAUAAAAAUAAACUUUGGCGCUAUUUACACUUGUGACGGGCAAAAGGUCACUCAAAAGCCGCUAUGGGUAGAAUCACUACCUAAUAUCCUUUUCUUGAUGUUUAAUUUCUUAGAUAUAGAUUCUGUGAUAGAAGUUACCGCUGAAAAGUCACGAUGUUUCGACGUCGGAAAAUCUGUAGCCUCUUCCUCUUGCCAGAGCAUUCGCCACUUUAGAACCGACUAGAAAAACUGAGCCCAGUUAACUUUCACAAAGACUUACGAAACUGUUACUAGGGACAGGGACAGGGGACAAAAUUAACCAAUAGCUGACCGGCGUGUCUCCACUGACGAUCCCGGAAACAAUUACGGGACGCCUUUCAGCUCCAGUUUCCUUUUCGGCGUUUCUAAAGCGGCGAAUUGCAAAAAGCGUCGUUUUGACCAUAUAAAAACCCAGAGCAUUCAAAACUACCAUUGUCGAUCGCUUCACAUAGCAGUUAUUUUAAAAAGUUAAGUCUAUCUCACGAGUCUACGGAAACUGCACACCAUUUUCCCCUUCGAUUAAACCUAUCAGGCCGGUUACAAAAACGGAGUUUAGCGACUGCUUAUCGAGAUUGU